CCCUGGACGCGUCUUUCGCGUCGUCGUCGAACAAAUCAACAUUCAUCCGGCUUCAAAUACAUGGGGUCAUUGUAUCAUAAGUAAACAUGGCAACCGAGGAGAUUCAAUUUUCAGGCGUAUCUGCAACUCCAGGAUUAUCCAUUGCAGACAAACUCGACAAUGAGAUCGCAAGUUUAAGAGACCAAGUCGAAUCCCUAAAACGCGACCUAAAGCUCCAAACAACAACCCUCCUAACCUCCUCCUCCACCCUCCAGCUCCUCCGCGAAAACACCUCCAAGCGUCCGAAAUCGCGCAAAAACACCGUCCUCCGCUCCGCCGAGCUGCUCGCCAAAGCCGACGAGCAAGCCGCGCACAAGCAGCAAUGUCUGUACCGAACAUGCGCCCCGAUAACGACUUUCAAGGUGCGGGACCCGGACCCGAACGCCGUCGACAACGGCAGCGUGCUGGGCCUGCGUUUCGAGAUCAUGUAUAAGGCGCGCUUCCUGCGCCCGUACUACGUCAUGCUGAACAGACCGUACCCGAACUCCCGCCGUCUGCGCAUCCAUCGCCAUACCGUGCCGCAGUGCAUCCCGCUGCCCGGGCUAUCGGCGCGGUAUCUAUCUCCGCCUACGGCUAAAGCCGACGAUGAUGAUGAAGAUGGCGCGGUGAAGAAACAGGACUUACCAGCUUUUGUGCGCGCGCUGCGCAGGGAGCUAGUCCGGUACCAUAACCGCACGGCCGUGAUCGGCGACCUGCGCAGCGAGGCUGGGCUAGAGAAGAAGCCGCGGAAAGAGGUCGAGGUUCCGAUCGUGGAUAUCAGCGCUGCGGACGCGCAGGCGAAGCAGAUUCGUGUCGAGUGGGGGGAUGGGCGGUCUGGACGGCUGGUUAUAAACGACGACGGGGAUAUCGUGAAGAUGGUUGCGCAGGGGGAGAAUGGGCAGGAUAGAGAGGCUGUUCGGCAGCUUCUUGGGGGAAGUGCGAGGGUGGAAGAGGUUGUUGGACGGCUGGGUGAGGCUUGAGCGUGGAAAUGGUGGGAUAGUAUGGGUUUGGGUGCGUAUGCCACUAUGUGAAACUUUUGAUGCCACUUUCGCGGGAAUAUCCGCUGGGAGGCUGUGGGAGGUAUGUAGGUCUCAGAAGGCAUGCAGUUGGGUAUGAUUCCGAGUACGGCAUGCGAGAUUCAGGUUGCCUUAUCAACAAAGUUGCAGUUACUACGUAUGUUAAUGAUACCCCGGAUCCAGUGAUGGAGUCUCCGCGGAAUCGCUUUGGUAUUACGAUUAUUUGGCUGGGUUUACGAGUGAGGCCUGGUCUAUAUUUGCCUAACAAGUUACGUAGGUAGGUAGUUAGGUGUUGCUUUACAGAUGAACAUCCUAUAUAUAAAUUAG